AUGGAUAAGUUUCUCAUCAAGUUACCAAAGCCAAAAGAUGGCCAACCAAGUUCUAGCUCUAAUCAACCAUUUGUGAGUUCACAAGUUGCUCCGGAAGUUCAAAGACAUACAAAUUCUUUUCCACUUUCAAAUAUGGAUAAUAUGCUUGAUUUUAAAUCUCUUGAAGCAGAUCCCAAAGAUCGAAUGCCUAUUUCAUCUUAUGGUCCUAAUAUUCGAGAUGAGGAUAUGAAACGUGAUUGUCCAUAUCAUCUUGAUAGAUUUGCGGCGGAAAAUCUUUUGAGCAAGACUCAUGAAUUUGAAUUUGUCUUUAUGUUGCACUUGAUGUUUAAGGUGUUGCUAUUGACGAAUGAGUUGAUUAAAGUUUUACAAAAGAAAGAUCAAGAUAUCGUUAAUGCUAUGGGAUUGCUUGACCUGUCAAAGAAACGAUUGCAAAUGAUGAGAGAGGAUGAAUGGGACUCUAUGAUGGAUGAGGUUAACUUAUUUUGUGGUAAACAUGGAAUUUCAAUUCCCAAAAUGAAUGAAGACUACUCUAAUGGGAAGUCGAAGCGUAAGAGGUCCAAUAUUUCAUAUUUGCAUCACUUUCGUGUGGAAGUAUUUUAUGUCGUCAUUGAUUUGGCACUUCAAGAACUCAAUAAUCGUUUUGAUGUGGUGACUAGUGACUUGCUCCUCAGUAUGACUAGUUUGAGUCCGGUUGAUUCAUUUGCUAAUUUUCACAAGGAUAAGAUAAUGAAACUAGCCGAGUAUUACCCAAGUGAGUUUGAUGAUAAAGAGAUUCGGGAACUCAAUUUUCAACUUGAUGAUCUUAUUGUCUAUACUCAAAAGUGUGAUAGCAAGUUUCUCAACUUGAAGGGAAUCAAGGAUCUUGCAAAAGUGAUGAUAGAGACAACUUGGUCACUUGUGUAUAUACUUGUGAAGCUAACUUUGACUAUUCAUGUUGCUACCGCAACCGUGGAAAGAGCAUUCUCAUCAAUGAAGUACAUAAAGAAUGAUUUGCGUAAUAUGAUGGAUGAAGAUCUUUUGAAUGGUUGUUUAGUAUUAGUAAUAUCUUUGCUUAAUGGGUCAAGUGAAAUUAUGUCGAAAUUAGAGCUAAACGAAUCAAGAGAUUAA